UUGCCUUCUAAUUAAAAGGUCAAGGUCUCCUUCAACAUCCAAUCCCCUUUCUCUCUUUCUCUUGUCUCUCUUGCCGCCAUGACGGCUGUAGCUCCUGCCGCGAAAGCCGCCGACAGCACGACCAACGGGGACUUAAACUACAAGUCUGACAGAGAAAAGGCCAUUGAUGAUUGGCUUCCAAUCACAUCUUCAAGAAAUGCAAAAUGGUGGUACUCUGCCUUCCACAAUGUCACGGCUAUGGUUGGAGCUGGAGUCCUCAGCCUGCCUUAUGCCAUGUCUGAGCUUGGAUGGGGACCUGGGGUUGCAGUUUUAGUGCUGUCAUGGAUCAUCACACUGUACACACUAUGGCAAAUGGUUGAGAUGCACGAGAUGGUGCCCGGAAAAAGAUUUGACAGAUACCAUGAGCUUGGCCAGCAUGCAUUCGGAGAUAGACUCGGGUUAUGGAUCGUGGUUCCUCAGCAACUGAUUGUUGAAGUUGGAGUUUGCAUUGUCUACAUGGUAACUGGAGGCAAAUCUCUCAAAAAAUUCCAUGACACUGUGUGCCCUGAUUGCAAGAGCAUCAAGCUCACCUACUUCAUCAUGAUAUUCGCCUCGGUUCACUUCGUCCUUUCCCAACUUCCUAACUUCAAUUCCAUCUCCGGCGUCUCCCUCGCCGCCGCCGUCAUGUCCUUGAGUUACUCCACCAUUGCAUGGGGAGCUUCCGUAGACAAAGGGAAAGUUGAAGGAGUGGAAUAUGGCUACAAAGCACACAGCAGUGCAGGCACUGUGUUCAAUUUUUUUAGUGCAUUGGGAGACGUUGCCUUUGCCUAUGCAGGCCACAAUGUGGUGCUUGAAAUCCAAGCAACCAUUCCUUCUACCGCAGAAAAGCCAUCUAAGAAACCAAUGUGGAAAGGUGUUGUUGUUGCCUAUAUCAUAGUUGCUCUCUGCUACUUCCCUGUAGCUCUAAUUGGCUAUUGGGCCUUCGGCAACUCGGUCGAGGAUAACAUACUUAUCAGUCUAGAGAAACCUCGCUGGUUGAUAGCCAUGGCUAAUAUGUUUGUUGUUGUUCAUGUCAUCGGAAGUUAUCAGAUUUAUGCCAUGCCUGUAUUCGACAUGAUCGAAACUGUACUGGUGAAGAAACUCUAUUUCCCUCCCGGGUUAACUCUUCGUUUGAUUGCUCGAAGUGUCUAUGUUGCUUUAACUAUGUUUAUUGGCAUAACCUUCCCUUUCUUCGGCGGUCUUCUUGGAUUCUUCGGAGGCUUUGCUUUUGCACCAACAACAUAUUUUCUUCCUUGUGUCAUGUGGCUUGCUAUCUAUAAGCCUAGGAAGUUCAGCUUGUCAUGGACCACCAAUUGGAUUUGUAUUGUGCUGGGAGUUUUGUUGAUGAUCAUCUCACCAAUUGGAGGUUUAAGGCAGAUCAUAAUUCAAGCAAAGACAUACAAGUUCUAUUCUUAAGCAAAAUAAGAUGAACAGGAUCUAAAAUUAAUGCAAAAUAAAGAAAAAAGAAUUACAAGUGUUCUGCAUUUUUUGUGAAAGUUUUUGCUUGCUUACUUGUGAAAUGUCUAUCUUAAUCAAUGAAAGAUGUUGGAAUGCUUAAUUAAGAGAAGGAUAUAUUAUUGACUU